AACACAGGUACUUACGGACAAGCGUGAUUUCAAAGAUAAAUUUCCACCUUUGUAUUUCGUACAAAACAAUUCCGCAAUCUCCGUUUUAAAAUGGCCAGGGGGAAGGGUUAACCGUCGUACGUGCAACGUUCGGAAAGGCCCAAAUCCGAUCUCGGUAACGACAAUUGUUGUAUUCUGCCAGUUCUGCUUAUAGGAGAUAAACCUGGGCGUACGUACCUGUGGCAGGGCCUAGGGCCGCGGGGGCGCCCGGGCUGCAGUCUCGCCGGACCCUGCGGAGCGCUCGCACGCACCCCGCCCGCCAUCUUGAAAACGCGAGUGUUCCAAUUCCAAAUUCGAAUUUUUGAAUUAAAACAAAUCCCUCUAACCCCGUUUUGUCUCUUAAAGUGUGUGAGGUUGCCAGUGCUGUGGUUUCUACUCUGUGUUCCCUGUAGAUUAGAUUGUGUGAUUCUAUUGUUUUGUGAACAAAAAGGCGGUUGAACGAAUCCCGGUCUGAUUGAUUGGAAUGACGGUGUGGAGGCUGGCCGGCGGGUGAGGCAGCGAUGAGCGCGCCCGAGCCGGCGGUGCUGGAGGCGCUGCGCGGGGGCGGGGGGGGCGCCGCCGCCUGGCCCGGCCCGCGCACCGCCAAGAUCUAUGUGGCUUCUGUGUAUAAUGAUUUCCGCGAGGAGCGGCGCCAGAUCCUGGAGCUGGUGGGGCCGGAGCUGCAGGCCACGUACGAUGACCGCUACAUCGAGAUCGAAUUCGUGGACAUGCACUACGGCACCGACGGCGGCGACGAGACCAACCCCGCGCUGCUGCGCCACCACCUCAAUGAGCUGCGCUGCUGCCACCGCACCUCCAAGGCAGGGUACUUCCUGUGCCUAAUCGGUGGAGACCCGUCAUCAUACCACCCGGUGCUCCCGUUCACAAUACCAGCUGAUGUCUUCGAGCAGCUGGUGCCAGGGGACUCCCCUCAUGCUGCCCUGGUCAAGGAACACUAUAGGCUGAACGGAGAUGGCAGCUAUCAUCUGGAGGGCGAUGAGAAAUGGUUCAGCGACCUGCAAGACCGUACAGAGCAGCGUCGUAGUCUGUCCGAGGUGCAGGACGCAUUCACCGCUGCAGCGCUCGACGCGAUGGCUCGAGGCGUGGACGUGGCUGGGCUGCUGAAGAGCCCUGUGGAGAUACAGUGCGAGCUGGCUUUGGACCUCCUCUCCACCGGCACCCACCCCAAGGGCGUGGUGGCGGUGCUGCGAGAGCCGCCGGAGCUGGAGGCCGAUGACCCCCCGGCGGCGGCGCCGGCCCACGCCCGCGUGAUGGCUCUGCAGAGGCGGAUGCUUGACGUGCUGCCGGAGACGCAUGUUAUACGGCUUGAGCCAAGUUCAGCCGAAUCAUCCCGGACGGAUCCCCCCUCAGAGUGCGAGGAGCGGCUCGCCCCCCUCCGGGAGCAGGUGGUGGCGGCGGUGGCGGCGCUGGUCGACGAGAGUCUGAGCACGGAGCCCGACCAGGGGAAGGGCAGGAAGAAGACUGUGCAGGAAGUUUUCCUAGAACACAUCACUCAUCUUAGAAUAUGCAUAGAACAUAAUAAUCUAUAUAAGGUAACAGUUAAGCAAGUGGAAGACGCAGCCAACAGUAUACUAAGCAAUAUGAAACAGAUUUACGAUAGCAAAACGAGACACAACCCCGUUUUAAUAUACGGCCCUGACGCCUCGGGAAAAAGCACCUUAUUGACGCACUUAUACUUCAAUUGCGAAACGAUAUUCCCUAAACCAGUGCUGAGGAUAAUUCGAUUCUCAGCAGCAACCCCCAGAUCCGCUUAUAACCUGGAGCUACUCAGGGUCAUGUGCCAACAAAUUUCGAUCAUCUUGAACAUUCCAGAAGGAUAUUUACCGAAAGACGCGAGCUUUGAUCCUCUAUACAUAAACAACUGGUUCCAGAGCCUUCUACGGAGAUGCGAGGAUAUGGAUAACGAGGUCUUACUGAUAUUUAUAGACAAUGUGCAUAGAGUUAAUCCUUUGGAAUGUGAUAUAGUGACGGGGUUGUCUUGGUUGCCGAUGUCUUUGCCCAGGAAUGUGUUUCUAGUGUGCACUAGUGCGGUUCCCUUGGACCAGCUCCAGUUGACUCCAGCUCAGAAGGAGAAGUUCAAGGUUCAGCAUUGCUACUACUUGCUGGACGCGAUCGCCGAGACUCCGGAGAACCACAGCUACGGGGACUACAUCGACGGUGCCUUUGAUAACUUAGAACUGGUGUUCGGAGCGAAAGCGUUCAGUAAAUUGGCAGGCUACAUAACCUGCUCGGAGUUCGGCCUGACGGAGCUGGAGCUGCUGGAGCUGCUGAUGCCGACGUCCAACAGCGACGCCGUCAUCUCUCUGCGCGACGCCAACUUCAACUUCUCCACGCUAUGUGCCGCCAAGUUUAUGAUGAGCACCCUCCUCCAAGAGAACGUGGUCUCCGGGCGCUGCACGUGGCGAUGGCGCGCCGCAGCCGCCUCAGCUCGGGCGCGCCGCCGCUACGUGCGCGUGCAAAGCGCGCUGCGGGACGCUCAUAGUGACCUCGCCGCGCUGCACUUCGCACACUUCCUCGCUGAUGCUGAUGAUACAGAUACGUCUGAGGCGCAGGAGCCGGGUUGCGUGGACGAAGACGACGCGCUCCUCGACUCGACGCCCUUCCACUCGGGCAGCCGCACCGCCGCCGCCUUCACCCAGCGGCACGUGGAGGAGUCCUGGCUGCACCUGCUGCUGGCCGGAGACUUCACCAAGCUGAAGGACGCUACUGUCUGCAACUUUGACUUUCUGCUGGCUGCGGUACAAACAGUGACCGUCUCCUACCUCCGGUGCAUCCUCGAGCACGUUCGCUGCUACAUCCUGGACCGCGACGUGGAGCUGGUGUACGGAGCCGUGAGGAAGGCCAGUGAUAUCCUGACACGGGAUCCCAUGCAGCUGGGCGCACAGAUAAUAGCGUGGCUGCGGCCGGCGGUGGCGCGGCGCGGGGUGCUGGCGACGCUCGUGACGUCAGCCAUGGCGUGGUGCGACGGGUACGACAAGCCGCUGCUGGUGCCGCUCAACGGAUGGCUGCAGCCGCCAAUCGCGUCGACGGUGCGAGUGGUGUCAGUGGGCAGCUCGGCCAAUGGGGCGAGCGCUCGCCUGCUGCAGCUGGCUCCAUCAGGGCAACACCUGGUGCUGGCGCCCUCUGCUGGGGACCCUCAGCUCUGGCACAUCAUGUCCAACUCCAAGGUUCAUACGUUUAAAGGUCACUCGGGGCGCAUCCUCUGCAUGAGCGUGGUGCGCGAGUCGCAGUACCUGCUGACCGGGUCCGAGGACACCAGCGUCAUCGUGUGGGACCUGCACACGCUGGCUGUGAAGACCAAGAUACUCGAGCACAUAGCGCCGGUGCUGUGCGUGGCGGCCACCGUGAGCCGCUCGCUGGUGAUCAGCGGCGGCGAGGACUCCGCCGUCAUCGUCACCUCGCUCGUCGACGGCGCCCUGGUGACAAAACUAGACCACCACCGCGGCUCUAUCACCGGCAUAAAGGUUAUCCAAGAUGGCGACAUACUCGUGACGUGCUCACAAGAUGGCACUGUGUGUACGUGGAACAUGGACAACUUCACUCUGCUCAGCACCGUCGCUGUCGGCGCGGCGAUCCACUCGAUGGAAGUGACGGAUGACAACGUGUUCCUCCUCACGCUGCAGGGGGACAAUGAACUCCAUCUGAGGACCUUCAUUACUGGCACUCACCUGCAUCAGCUCAAGAGGCAUAAGGCUAAGGUGAAAUGCUACUGCGUGGCGCACGACUCGUCGCGCCUCGCCGUGGGCUGCGCGGACCAGCGCGUGUACGUGUACUCGCUGCUCAGCGCGCAGCUGCUGAAGACUCUCGCCGCGACACACGAGCUGGCGGCGCUGGCCGCGGGCGGGAGGGACCACUUCCUGUUCGCCGCCGGUGGCAGCAGAGUGACAAUCUACUCAUUCCACACUGAAGACAAUCUAACGAAUUUCCGACCGACGAAGCAGCUCAAACGAAGACAAACUAAAUCUACCACGAAUGUCACCAUGCUACAGGCUGAACAGAGCGAGCUGAUACCGAUCAGCUGCCUCGAAGUCUCCCGGGACGGGCAGCUGGCCGCGUCUGGCUGCGCCCGAGGGUUAGUCCGGGUGUGGCAACUAUCCACUCAUCGGCUGCAGACGACCCUCAGUGGACACAUGGGCCAUGUCACCUGUGUGACCUUCUCACCCAACAAUCUGCUGGUGCUGUCUGGGUCAGAAGAUCGAACGGUGCUGGUGUGGCAGUUGGCUGAUAAUGUUCGCACACUGACGUAUAAGGGCCACACAGCAGCAAUCCAGUGCCUGGUGAUGAUGCCGGACGGGCGGCGCGCGCUGUCCGGGGACCGCUCGCGCGGCGUGCACGUGUGGCUCGCGGACUCCGGCAUCGUGCUGCACUCCAACAUCGCGCCCUCCGCCAGCGGAGCCGUCACGCUCAAUAUGAAGUUUGCUGUGCUAUCCGACGGCGACAACUCAGUCCGCAUCUGGGCGCUGGCCGGCGGCGGCGACAGUGAGGAGCGGAAGGCGAUCUCACACGCGGAGCGGAUCACGUGCUUCGCUCUCACAGCUGACUCGCAGCACAUUGUGACCGGGUCUAUGGACAUGUCGCUGAAGGUGUGGCAGCUGGAUGGCGGGAAGUUGUCGCAGGUCCUAGUUGGCCACUCAGACAUCGUGACCUGCGUAGCCGUAGCCAUCACGAACAAGACGCAGAUAGUGUCAGGCUCGUGGGACUGCAACCUCAUCGUAUGGGACAUCAACACCGGCUCGGACCUGCACCUGCUGUCCGGACACCUGGGCAAGGUCACCUGCGUCAAGGUCACGGGGGACGGGUCUAUUGCUGUGUCUGGUGCGGAGGACAAGACGCUGAUAAUCUGGGAGACGAAGCGCGGGCUCGCUCUGACGUCACUAUCUCUGCAUGUUCCACUGCUGGGGCUGCAGAUCACCAGCGACUGUGCCAGGAUCGUGGUGCACCUCAUGGACAGAGGUUGCCUGCCAAUCAUCUGUUUGCACAAUACUCCAGCCACCUACGUCAAGAUCCCGACAUACGCCGCGCCGACGAAGGAAAUUGACGAGCUGCGUCCCCUCGCGCCCAAGCGGCCCAUGCGGCGCCUGCUGAAGAAGGAAGUCUCACUAGACACGUACACCUGGCAGAAGAAGUACGGACACCUGACGUCCGCCGCCAUGAUGGCGCAGGUCGACGAGCGGCUUAAACGGAGGUUCUCGGUUUCGGCAUCGAUGGAGGAGAUAUCCAAAAUUCAAGAGGCUAAGAACAAAGAUUUGGGCUCACAGGUGAGCCUGGGCCCGGAGCAGGCGGCCAUCGCGCAGUCGCAGCACUUCGACCAGCUGGAGGCGCUCUGGAACAAGAUCUCUCCGCCACGACGACGGUCUAACAAGUCGCUGUCUAAGCAGAGUUCGCUAGCGGAGUCCAGGUUCGACUCCUCUGAUGAGGAGCAUACACCCGUUGAGGAGCAAGAGCACAUGGUUGAAUGAAUACGAAGACGUCAACAACGAGUAUAUUAAUUUGUUAUUAAUUUUACUAUUUAUUUGAUACUAUUCGUUUAAGGAGCAUCUAUUAUAUUUACUGGUAAAAGGUAUGCAGCGAAAACAUUAUGUAUGAUAUUUUAAUGAUUUAAUAAGCUAUGUAUUUUUGAGUGAGUAAGCUCCGCUCCGGCUUAAUUGAUUUGAAAGAAAGAAAGAAAAUACAUUUAUUUGUGAAGUUUGUAGUUUUAAGAAAAGUAAUAAUAGAGUGAAUCUUAUGAGCGACUUUAGAUAUCUUCCCUCGGACUGUGAAUCUUCUAUCUUUGUAUUUAGGGCUUAAAAUGCUAAAUCCCUGAUAUUUUAUCUACACUGAGUAUACCUAAGUAUGUUUAGUGUAAGAAAACCUUUUUAAUAAUAGUUAAGUAGUUUUGUCACAAGAAUAUAAUUAUCAUACGGAAGUGUUUGUCAGAUCAAAAAAUAACUGUAAAUCUUCAUGUAAAGCUCCCAAUAAAUGAAACUGUAAGAUCAACACAUCAAACUUCGGCAUCAGACUUAAUUUAAACUGAUAAAUAAGAAGUUCAAUUUGAUAAUGUGAUUUCAUAAGUCGGGAGCAUUUGAUUUACACCCUGUUUAUAUGAAGCUUGAUAGUUCUAAUCGUGCUAUUAACAGUAAUCGGUAGUUCUGUUGGAUGAACAAGGUGGCAAUUUGGUGGCGGACAACACGGGUUGGCAGCACUAGCAGCAGAAGAAACGUGUCGC